CAUUUGCUAUGAGCAGUUUCAUCAAUAGUUUGCAUCUCAUGCGGCGAUUCACGUCUCUAGGUGGAUCUCCAAAAGAUCAAAUAACGGCGCUCUUAGAUGAUAUCGAAUUCCGUGUUGAAAAAAUACGAGAAACGGCCGUUCAGAUGGAGGACGGGAAAGAACAAUUACUUCAGACUCUGUGUGAGUUGCACUAUGGUGUCGAUAUGAAUAAACUAUCAGAGGUAGAUAAGGAAGAACUAAAGCUGACAGCAGAAAGAGUGAGGAAUCGUUGUCUUACCAUCUCAGUUCAAGUAGAGACGAUAAGAAGCAAAGAACAAGAGUCUGCCUGGCAGGCAAUUAGUAAAGUCAUAAAAGAACUGGCAGACAAGAGUGAAGUAGACGUUAACAGUACACACAAAGCGGCUGUCGCUUGUUACAACGCCUGCCUAUCUGAUCCUCCUUCUAAUGCUAUUGACUGUCGUUUUCAAGGAAUGCUACUCGACUGUUGUGUAGAAGAUCAGAAACGUGUUCGAAGUCGUCUGCUUCAACUCAUUGAAGACACACAGGCCGUCAACAGACUCGAAGGAACAAGAGACGGGCACAUAUGCACGUACCCAUCUCUUAGUGAAACAGCAAGACGAAAGUACGAUCCGAACAAGCCACUUGCAAUUGGUAGAUCAAGUGAAGCGAGCGACAGGAAACACAUCUGUGAUCGUGAGUACAGUCCCGACAUCGGACAACCGCGCAAACUAGUUCAUGAAGACUCCGACGACUCAUAUGAAGACGACGAAGCUAGUAAAUUUCUCGCAUGCUUCUAUGGUAGUGUGCAGCGAUGGCCGGAACGCUUGGAGGGAUGGUGGACUGGAAGGACUGCAACUAUUGUGGCGUCAAAGCCUCUGCUUUAGUGUACUGCGCGAUGUGCGGACGCCUCCAGAAAAGGACGGUCGCACAGGACCUAGACUCUGAAAAGACGGCCACCGCUGUGGACUGCGUUAAUCGCAUCACAGACGUCAUAGUCACAGCUUUAUCUAAACUGAAGAAUCAGUAGACUGUUUAACUAAUUAAUUAAUUAAAGUUGUUUGUGUUGUAGCUAUGUCUGUAGCACAAAACACUUGUUUCAUGUGGUGUCAGUUUCUUAGUAA